AUGUCGGUCACUGUCGCUGAGCUUGACGCGACCGUCAAAGCUUUUCAAGAGGGUCAUGGCGAUGUCCAAAAGCAGGCUCAACAGAAGCUCAAUGAAUUCAAGUCCAAUCCCGAUGCCUGGUUGAUGGUCGACAGGAUACUGCAAGAGGCUACCUACGUGCCCACCAAAUAUCUCGGUUUGCAGGUGCUGGAUGAUGUGGUCAAUACUCGAUGGAAGGUUCUCCCGCGUGACCAGUGUUUGGGCAUCCGCAAUUUCGUGGUCAACCAGAUCCUCCAGGCUUCCGAAACUGAAGAAUCUCUCAAGGCGAACAAGCUCUUUCUCAACAAGCUCGAUUUGACACUGGUCACGAUCCUGAAGCAAGAAUGGCCACAGAACUGGCCCACCUUUAUCAACGAGAUCAUUUCCGCCUGCCACACCGGCAUUUCUGUGUGCGAGAACAACAUGACUAUUCUACGACUGCUAUCUGAAGAAGUCUUUGACUUCUCCCAGGAUCAGAUGACCUCCACCAAGGCGAAGAACCUGAAAACCACCAUGUGCGCCGAAUUCUCGUCCAUCUUUCAACUCUGCAAUGACAUCCUUACAACAGCCGACUCGGUCAGCCUAGUCAAGGCAACUCUGGAGACAUUGCUUCGGUUUCUGAACUGGAUUCCCCUCGGCUUCAUCUUCGAAACAAAGCUCAUCGACACCCUCGUUACCAGGUUCCUCGAAGUGGAUCAAUUUCGCAACAUCACGCUCAAGUGCUUGACGGAAAUCGGUGGCUUGCAGUUGGGACAACAAUACCAAUAUGAUGACAAGCUCGUCCAGAUGUUCACCGAAACCCUCACGGUCGUUGCCAGAACCCUCUCCCUCGACACAGAUUUUCGAGAGGCCUAUGCCAAAGCCAAGUCUUCAGAGCAAGAAUAUAUCCUCAACCUCGCAAUCUUUCUCACCAAUUACUUUUCCGCACACCUUCAGACUAUUGAGAGAUUACCAAAUCCUGACUUUCUCCUGCAUGGCCACUUUUAUCUCAUCAAGAUCAGUCUGAUCGACGACCGCGAAAUCUUCAAGAUUUGUCUCGAAUACUGGAACAAACUAGUCCAAGAGUUGUACGAAGAAAUGCAACAACUCCCGAUCACUGAGCUCAAUCCCUUGGUCAACAUGGGUGUUAGUGGGCUCGCUAAUGGCGGUGCACCUCAUCCGAGCACGUUGGCUAAUUAUCCACUCCGCAAGCACAAAUAUGCUCAAGUGUUGUCAAGUCUGAGACAGGUGAUGGUGGAAAAGAUGGUCCGACCAGAGGAGGUUCUCAUCGUGGAAAAUGACGAGGGAGAAAUUGUGCGUGAAUUCGUCAAGGAGAGCGACACUAUCCAACUCUACAAGACCACCCGUGAAUGUCUGGUAUAUCUGACGCACUUGGAUGUUGUUGAUACCGAGCAAAUCAUGUCUGACAAGCUUCAACGACAAGUUGACGGGUCUGAGUGGUCGUGGAACAACUGCAAUACUCUCUGCUGGGCCAUUGGUUCGAUAUCAGGAGCCAUGUCUGAAGAGACGGAGAAGCGUUUCUUGGUGACGGUCAUCAAAGACUUGCUUGGUUUGACCGAGAUGAAGCGUGGCAAAGACAACAAAGCCGUGGUGGCCAGCAACAUCAUGUAUAUUGUGGGUCAGUACCCACGUUUUCUGAAGGCGCACUGGAAGUUCUUGAAGACGGUGGUGAACAAACUCUUUGAGUUUAUGCACGAAACCCACGAAGGAGUGCAAGACAUGGCCUGCGACACGUUCAUCAAGAUCGCCAACAAAUGCAAGCGCCAUUUUGUAGCUCUCCAGCCCGGCGAGACGGAGCCCUUCAUCGAUGAGAUUGUGCGUAAUAUGCGCAGGAUCACCUGUGACUUGACUCCUCAGCAAGUUCACACCUUUUAUGAAGCUUGUGGCUACAUGAUCUCUGCCCAAGGUCAGAAGAGCGUCCAAGACCGACUGAUCAGCGACCUGAUGUCCUAUCCCAACCAAGCCUGGGACAGUGUGAUUCAGCAAGCGAAUGCCAAUCCCGCCAUCCUCCACGAUCCAGAGAUCAUCAAAGUGGUGGGAAACAUCAUGAAAACAAAUGUCGCAGCAUGCUCGUCCAUCGGCAGUUAUUUCUACUCCCAGAUCGGCCGCAUUUACCAUGAUAUGCUCAAUAUGUACCGGGCUUCAAGCCAGCUGAUUUCCGAUGCUGUCGCGUCUGGAGGCAAUGUCCAGACCAAGACUCCAAAGGUCCGAGGCCUGCGCACGAUCAAGAAAGAGAUUCUGAAGCUAGUCGAUAUCUAUGUACAAAAAGCGGAUGACCUGCAAAUGGUCAAUGAUAGCAUGGUGCCGCCACUGCUCGAUGCCAUCUUGCUUGACUAUCAACGCAACGUUCCAGAUGCUCGGGACGCUGAAGUCCUCAGUGUGACCACCACAAUCAUCCACAAGUUACAUAACCUGAUGGACGACAAGAUUGGUCCAAUCAUGGACAGCAUCUUUGAGUGCACGCUGGAGAUGAUCAACAAGGACUUCCACGAGUACCCCGAGUUCCGAGUCGAAUUUUUCAAGCUGCUACAGGCCAUCAAUUUGUUCUGCUUCCCAGCCCUGCUCAAACUGGACGGUCGUCAAUUCAAGUUUGUCAUUGACUCUUGCAUGUGGGCGAGCAAACACGAUAACCGCGAGGUUGAAAACACUGGCUUGUCCAUGUGUUUGGAGCUGAUCAACAACAUGGCCGAGACAGACCCCCAGACUGCGGGUAUUUUCUUCCAGCAGUUCUACAUCUCCAUACUGCAGGAUGUGUUCUUCGUCCUUACCGAUUCGGACCACAAAGCAGGUUUCAAAUCUCAAUGCAUGUUGCUGGCACGGAUGUUCCAGCUUGUCGAGACCAACAAGAUAUCGCAGCCACUGUAUCAACCUGACCAGGCUGCUCCGGGGACUUCCAACAAGCAGUUUGUUAGCGAAUUCACCUCGAACCUGCUGCAACGCGCGUUUCCCAAUCUCAAGGAGAUCCAAGUACAGCAUUUUGUCAAUGGGCUCUUCACACUCAAUGAGGACGCCACCAAAUUCAAGACUCACGUGCGCGACUUCUUGAUCUCCCUCAAAGAAUUUGCCGGGGACAAUGCAGAGCUGUAUGCCGAAGAACGCGAACAAGAAAAGAAGAUUUUGGCCGAGGCAGAAAGAGAGCGAGCACUCAAGGUCGGCGGUCUCAUCAAACCGGCCGAUCUGGACCAGGACGAUGAGCUGUGA